GGUAACCAGGAGCCAACAGCUACUCCUGACACAAUGGUCCAGCCAUUCACCACAAUCCCAUUCCCACCUCCCCCACAGAAUGGGAUCCCCACAGAGUAUGGUGUUCCCCACACUCAGGACUAUGCAGGCCAGACCAGUGAGCACAAUCUGACAAUCUAUGGAAGUGGACAAACGCAUGGAGAACAGAAUACGAAUACAGCUACCACGCAGAAUGGAUCUCUUACGCAGACAGAAGGAGGGGCACAGACAGAUGGCCAGCAGUCGCAGACACAAAGCAGUGAGAAUGCUGAGAGCAAGUCUACCCCAAAGCGGCUGCAUGUGUCCAACAUUCCCUUCCGUUUUCGGGAUCCUGACCUCCGGCAGAUGUUUGGGCAAUUUGGUAAAAUCCUUGAUGUAGAGAUAAUCUUCAAUGAACGUGGGUCCAAGGGAUUCGGGUUCGUAACUUUCGAGAAUAGUGCUGAUGCAGACAGGGCCAGGGAGAAAUUACACGGCACCGUGGUAGAGGGCCGUAAAAUCGAGGUUAAUAAUGCCACUGCACGAGUAAUGACUAAUAAGAAAAUGGUCACCCCUUAUGCAAACGGUUGGAAAUUGAGUCCUGUAGUUGGAGCAGUAUAUGGACCUGAAUUAUAUGCAGCAUCCAGUUUUCAAGCAGAUGUCUCGCUGGGCAAUGACGCUGCAGUGCCCCUGUCAGGAAGGGGGGGUAUUAACACUUACAUUCCUUUAAUCAUACCCAGCUUCCCUUACCCAACUGCAGCCACCACAGCGGCAGCAUUUAGGGGAGCCCAUCUGAGAGGACGAGGAAGGACAGUGUAUGGUGCGGUACGAGCAGUACCUCCAACAGCCAUCCCAGCUUACCCAGGAAUAGUCUUACAGGAACCAAUCAUUAGCGCUAAAAUACCUCAGGGUGGAUAUGCAGCCUACAGAUAUGCGCAGCCCGCUACUGCAACAGCAGCUACUGCUGCUGCUGCAGCUGCAGCAGCUUACAGUGAUGGUUACGGCAGGGUGUACACAACAGACCCUUACCAUGCUCUUGCCCCUGCAGCUAGCUAUGGAGUUGGCGCUGUGGCAAGUUUAUAUCGAGGUGGCUACAGCCGAUUUGCCCCUUACUGAAGUGACAUGAGCCCCCCUGCAAGUGGGACAGCUCCCUCCCCCCAGUUCAUGAGGCCUGGCUAUUGCAAUAUUUACUAGUAGAGGAACUCUAUAGCAAGAAGAGGAGGAAAACAAAAGAAAAAAACAAGAGAAAUACUUUUUUAUACCUCACUAUGUUCUUUAAAUAUGUAUUUUCCUUUAAAUUUCUGCCUUUAAUUCUUUUGUUCCAAAGAUUGUGCAUUUUUUGAUCUUUUUUUUUCAAUUGUUUGUUUUUAACUGUGGUAAACAUAAUGCAUUUUGUGUCUAUAUAUGCAUAGUUUAUCCUACCAAUCACACAAAAAGAGAUAAAUAGUGCUAAGGAGGGCUGUUAGGAUUCAAUAUAAUGGAACAUAGUCAGGAAUAUGUAGAUAUUAUUGCUGGGUCUUCUGCCCAAGAGCCAGAAUAGUGUGGAAGAACCCCCUCUAUUGGGAGAAUGGGGGAAUGUUGAUGGCCUGCAGCUGGAACCUGCAUGCUCAUUGGAAACACAAAGACCCUCCUCUUUUAUCACCAGCUGGCACUUAUGGGCUCAGGACAGCUCCAGCAGCAUCAAGAUUUUUUUUAUAAUUUUCAAGACAAAACUGCUCAAAGCUGCCCAAAGACUUCAUCUAAUGGUUUUAGAGGACAAGGCAUGUAACAAAUACAUACGCCUAUCUUUAAUUCUUAUAAUCCAUUCUACCAUGGCUUUACUUUAAUCAUUCCGUUGCUUUGGUUUUCUUCUCUUCCCACUCUUCCCUCUUUUCUGAUGAAAUAGCAUGUUUGGGACAAUAACUGUUGAAUUUGGAGCCAUGAUGAAUUUUUUUUUCUUUAGAAAAACCAAGAGUUUAAUUGCAAAGAUCUACAUAUUCUGAGGUUCUGGAAUAGUGAUUAUGGGAAAAGCUUGCACCAGUGCUACUCUGAUACUCUAAGAUACUCCACUGUACAAGAUCCUCCUUUUUCACCCUGAGGUAGUUAGCUUUGCUGCAAGUAUGUUAUAAAAAA